UUUUUUUUUUCUCCUCCUUAUUUCUCUCUCUCUCUCUCUCAUUCACAUUUCCUUCUCUCUACGCAAAUAGCAAGCCAAAUGAGAGCCCGUGGCAGGUAUUGGAGCGCACGCAGACACCCAGACGCAUCAGAGUGCUCGGCUCCUAGCAGCAGCAGCAGCAGUAGCAUCAGUUGCUAUUAUGUUCUUCUCGGUUUUACGGAUUAAAUUUUCAAGAAACUUUUCCGCUUGUGAAGAUCCAGGGAUAUUGGCAGUUUGGCUUUGUUUUUUACGACAACAUGCCAUGAGACGUUGCCCAUUUGCAGCUGGAUUUUGCUCUUGCCAGAUGUGGGGAAUAGUACAAUAGACGAUAUGGAAGGCUUGGAGUCGGGCUACGAGGAGGUGGACGGCGUGAGGCUCGGCUACCUGGUCAUUAAGGGGAAGCAAAUGUUCGCCCUCUCCCAAGUUUUCACCGAUUUGUUGAAAAACAUCCCGAGAACUACUGUCCACAAGCGAAUGGACCACCUGAAUGUGAAGAAGCAUCACUGUGACCUGGAGGAGCUCAGGAAGCUGAAGGCAAUAAAUUCGAUCGCUUUCCACGCAGCCAAGUGCACUCUGAUUUCCAGGGAGGACGUCGAGGCGCUGUACACUUCUUGCAAGACGGAGCGGGUGCUUCGGAGCAAAAGGAGGGGGGCACGACCACCGCGGAACGACUCUUCAAAGGAGCAGCUCCCCCCGAGCCCACUGAGGAGUUUUUGGAAAGAAAACAAAGUUUGGCUCAGCCUGCACGGCAGUCCCCGGCCUCCCUGGCAGCCGGAGGAAGGGCGCUUGAUCCCCUCCCCCUCCCCUCUUCUACCUCACAUUUACAGCGCAUUGUCCGGCCAUGCCUAUCCGCCGCCACGCAAGGAGCUCCACGACUACGGCUCUGCGGCUCUGAUCCCCGGCCACUAUGUAGCGUUCCACCCCGCACACUCGCUUUUCCGGAGCGUGUUCUGCCAGACCGCCUCCAUCGCGUCUCAGCCCCAGCCGGCCGGUAAGCCGCGCAGAAAGCACUCGUGGGUUCCGGGGGGCGCCGGCCCGAGGCUGCUGCUGUUCCCCAAAAGCGUGACCGGCGCGGCCUUCCAGCUGCAGCACGACGGCUUCUACGUGGACACCGCGCAGGAGGGCUACAGCAGCGACUCGGACUCCAGCUCGGACUCGGACUUCGGCUCCAGCCUGUCCAGCUCGUCGGAGGAUGACGAGUCGCAGUCGGAGUCCUCGGAGUUCACGUCCAACCCGGACAGCUCGUCCGAGUCGGACUCCAGCUCGGCGUCCAGCCGCGUCUCGGCGCACAGCAUCCGCUUCAGGCGCACUGCUUUCGCCGGCGGCGCCCACGGCCAGCCGGGUGCCCACCACGGGGCCCCCGCGCCACCCGGCCGAUUCGGGUUGCAAGGCGCCGCAGCCGUCAAGCAACGGGAGCGCGAAUGGUCGCCCAGAUGCCCGCCGGUGAUUUGCUGCUCGGGGGCAUCGGCGCUCCGGCGACCGCUAGCCCCUUCACCUGAGCCAGAGCCAAAGCCAAGCCCGGCAGAAGCACAACAAAGAGCACCAGGCGCCGCCGCCAGUAAAUGUCCUCGAGCGGGCGGCUCGCACUGCGCGCAGCACAAUGAAACAAUAGCCGGCGCCAAGCCCUCGGUGGCUCCAUUAGCUGGAAAUCUGAAGAAGGAGCUCAUUAGCGCGUCGCUGUGGCGCACACCCGAAUUCCCGAAUGUAAAGGCAGAACACGAAGAGACGAGUCCAGAAGCGGGACAGGGCCAGGGCCAGGCCAUCCUGCUGCAGCGGGUCAAAAUCAAAGUGGAGGAAUGCGACUUGGACUUGGACUACCACAGGCCCGAUGGUGCCCGCGAGUGCAAAGCCGACGACCGAGAGCCCUCUUUUUCUCCUCCCGCCGUCCGCAGCGACGGAGAAGACUUUAAGGACACUUUAAUUCCGGGUGGGGAUGGCCCGACUGUUUCUACGUGCACUGAAAGCCCAACCACUUCUCACAAUCAGGACCUGGAAUGCACUUUACUGGACCCUCUUGGCUCAGAGGACGGGGACUGCGAAGAUGGUGCUAGGCUUAGGAAAAACUGUAAGACCCUCGCUUUGGGAAAGCGAUCUGCACUAGACACAUGUCCAGCAAAAGUCCUCGCGAAGGCGGACAGGAGUCCCCGCUCCGCGGCCAAAGGCGACUUUUAUGAAGGAACACUGGAAGACGUCUGCACGGCGUCAUCGAAGCGCAAACGAGUAGCCAGCGGUGUAGCACCGGCGCCCAGGCGGCCCUUUAACUUCAUGGCGAAUUUCCCAUCUCCGCCGUCGCUCGUAAUCGGCGUGGACGGCGAGCUGACACCGGCGUAUUCUCUGAACUCCGUGAAAGAUCUGCAGCCGCCUCACAGGGCCCACCCAGUUUGGAAAUGGCAGCUGGGGGGCUCUGCGGUGCCUCUGCCGCCCAGCCACAGAUUCAGGAAGUUUAACGUUUGACUGUUUUUUGGUUUUUUUUUUCCUUCAUUUUCGUUUUUUUUUUUUUGUUGGCCUUUUUGGAACGAUUGUUGGGAUGGAUACGAAUCUGGUGCGCGCGCACACGUGUGCGUGCGUACGUGUGCGCGCGUUGGAUUGGGAUGCAGCGAUUGUAGCAACUCGACUGUUGAGGAUACGGAGCACAUUUGAAAGUGGUAUGAAGACCCCGCGCUCGCCCCCCUGGAUGGUUAAGACUUUUUUUAAUAUAUAUAUAUAUAUAUUGCGGAUUUCUCAUUCCAAGAUGGAACUCGACUUUCUCAGAAGUUUCUACACGCGUUUUCCUGGAGAUGGAAAAUGGAAUGCUUUAUUAUAUUUGAAUAACACCAAGUACCUCAAAAGAUUUCUUCAGACACAAAUUAGCAAUGAGCCAUUUAAUUUAUGCACUAGGGUAUCGCAUCCGUGAUUUACUUGCUGGACUGACUGCACACUUUCAUUAUGAGGAGUAGUUGUUUGUUUUUUGGUUUGGUUUCUCUUUUUUAUGGAUGGAACUAUUUUGGAACACAUUUGCUGCACUGUAAUGAAAUGUCUUUAUUCUGAAAUAUAAAUGCAAUUUAAUUUAUGUGCGGAAGCACUUGGGACUUUUUCAAAAUGAAUUCUUGUGUUGAGUGAGUGGCAGGUCGCUCUGUGUCCGCCUGUCAAUCACUGUGGGACUUGGAUUUGUUAUUGAGUUUUGACGUCACCAGCAGCUUGAUUGGUUUGGGCCUUUUUAACCCCGUGACGUCACCAGGGAGGCAGAACGUGACAAUCAGCGUGUUUACAUUUGCACACACCUCAGUACAAGUGAAGCCCC